CAGAUUCAGGACCAUGCAGCUUUCUCAUGGACAGUUCUCUGCUGAAUUUCUGUUUCCUUUGCCUCACCUGUCUGGUUGAAAUGGGUGUGUUUGAUUAAGCCCAAUUUGAUAAAGUUUAAAUAUUUUUGUGAUUUAUUUUGUUGAUAAAUAUUUCAUGACUAGAAUAGUUGUCUUUGUCACAUCUUAUUUGGCAUUAGUAAAUAAUUAUAAACUUAACAGAUAAACAGAUGAUAUUAGUGAUAACACGUGUUAUAAGGCUAUUUUGCACAAUAGGUGUGCCUUGAAAUUUUUAUUUGUCCUUUGGUGUGCCUUGGGCACAAAAAGUUUGGGAACCACGUGUGCUCUAACCAAUACGCAGGCCUUUGCCGUCUCUCGUCUCGAGCUUCUCGCUCACAACCAAUCACGUUCUUCUGGAGGUCACUAGUUCUUAAUUGAUUUCAGCUGCGUCUCCCCCGCCUCUCCUCAUAAAGCGCCCCCACCGUGACGGAUGUUAAUCGUUUAUUUUGCGUUGGAUUGCGUGGGCUGAACAAUCCGGACAUCGUGGCCACCGACGUGGACCCCCGCCACCGGGACCCACGCAGUGAUUUUUUUUCAGGAGCGGAUUGUACUCCCAGAGGCUUCAACAGAGCGGGUCUGGAGCUGGGAGCUGCAGGUGGAUGUUGGCCAGGAGCCGUUCAGUCCUACAGGAACAGACGGUAGAGGUGAUGGAGGCGGUCAUCUGGAGGUGCUCGUCUGGAGGUCCGUGGUGGUCGUCUGGAGGUGCUCGUCUGGAGGUCCGUGGCGGUCGUCUGGAGGUGCUCGCCGUGAGGUCCAUGGCGGUCGUCUGGAGGCGCUCGCUGCAGGUGGAGGGAAGGCCGGGAGCCGUGCAGCCCAAUGGAUGCAGAACGGUGAGACACGGAACUGCACAGCUGCACAUUCUUUCUAGGCUUGGUGAAUUGUUUAGAAUUAAAACUUUGACAUGCAGCCACAGCAACUCUGAGGUGUUCUGAAAAAUGUCAGAUGCAUUCUCAGCCACUAGGAUCAGCUCCAGGAUGUAGGCUAGGUGUGUGUGUGUGGCUGGCUGUUGGGUUAAAUAAUACCUCACUCAAGACUGCACAGUAGGGCAUCAGUGAGAUCUGUGGGAGCUAAAGCAGAGGAGGAGUUGAUUAUCUGCAUCAUGUACGGGGAGAAAUGUGUAGUGUGCAAAUGGAACGUGUCAUUCGCCUUUCAGAAGGACUGAGGCGGAGGUCCUGGAGGCAGAGGCCAGCCUGGAGGCGGCGGUGGCCUGGAGGUCCUGGAGGCGUCCAACCUGGAAGGGGCGGCAUGGAGGGCCAGGUGGCGGCUCCUCAUCCAAAGGGCCUGGAGGCGGCCAACCUGGAAGGCCUGGAGACUGCCGAGGUCCUGGAGGCAACGGCGGGCCUGGAUGUGGAGGCCAACCUGGAGGUCCUGGAGUCGGUGGGCCUGGAGGCGGUGGUGGAGACCAACCUGGAGGGCCUGGAGGCGGUGGUGGAGACCAACCUGGAGGGCCUGGAGGCGGUAGUUGGGACCAACCUGGAGGUCCCGGCGGUGGCGUCCACCUGGUGGCGGUCAGCCUGGAGGGCCCGGCGGCGGUCAGCCUGGAGGGCCCGGCGGCGGUCAGCCUGGAGGGCCCGGCGGCGGUCAGCCUGGAGGGCCCGGCGGCGGCGGCGGUCAGCCUGGAGGGCCCGGCGGCGGCGGCGGUCAGCCUGGAGGGCCCGGCGGCGGCGGCGUCCUGGAGGGCCCGGCGGCGGCGGCUCCUCAUCCAAAGAAAUGAGGCGACGUUGCGGAGGUCCAGGCGGUUGGCCCGGUGGAGGUCCUGGAGGAGACGGUCCCGGCGGUGGAGGACGGCUGGGGGAUCCGGCGGUGGAGGUCCGACGGUGGCUCGUGAUUAGACCAACCUGCUCCUCAUCCAUGGAAGGAUUGAAGGAGUCACUGGGGAUGAAGAUCACUGCUCAGGGGCUGACGACCCCCCCCCCCCACUCAUCUUUCCGGAGAAGCGUCCUCAUGGUGCAGGCGGUCAAACCUCCACCUCUUUGAAGAGACCAAGCAGCUUGAUGACUGACUGACUGGUUCUUUAUACUCAAGACCUCGUCCCGGAGCAGAGGACGGACCUAAGGCCCGCAGCGCAGCCGACUAGAGACUCCAUGUGGAACCGGUUCAAUUACGUUGACCUCUCCUUCAGGCGACUUAAAGGGAGACCAGAUGUGCGGCAGCUGGGUGUCAUGGUGCAGAGACCCAACGCUGUACUGAACUACACCAGUGUGUCCUACUCCCAUAAACCCUGAGGAUCCCUGGAUGGCUACAUCAGCACAUUAAUCCACACCCAACAUCAACACACAGUGCACACUCUAUAGAGCUCGUAAGUCCGCCCCUUGCGGCGGGACCUCGUUAGAUCGUAAGAUAUGACUGGGUUUCAAUGGAGAGAAAGUAAUUAUUUUCUCCAUUUUAUGUUGCACCACAUUUUGGGGGAAGAAUGUUUGAAUCAAUCUUUGUCAUUUAUUUCUGUACUCCACAUCUGUAAUCCCAGCUGUUGUAUUUUAACACGGUAGCUGGGAACCCUCUUUAUAGGGAGCGACUAGAGGGACGAGGCUGGAAGCAAACCUGAGCCUGGAUCUUAACCUUCUUUCUAAACCUAAUGCCGCAAUUUAACCGCAAAUAAAGUGAGGCCUAAAGUAACUUGACUCGCUUGCCUAAACUUGCUUGCCUAAACUCGCUUGUCUAAACUCGCUUGUCUAAACUCGCUUGCAUAAAACCUAAACUCGCUUGCAUAAAACCUGAACUUGCUUGGCUAAACUCGCUUGCCUAAUACUUGAACUUGCUUGCCUAAACUCGCUUGCCUAAUACCUGAACUCGCUUGCCUAAACUCGCUUGCCUAAACUCGCUUGCCUAAACUCGCUUGCCUAAACUCGCUUGCCUAAACUCGCUUGCCUAAACUCACUUGCCUAAACUCACUUGCCUAAACUCGCUUGCCUAAUACCUGAACUCGCUUGCAUAAAACCUAAACUCGCUUAGCUUGACUCGCUUGCCUGUACUCGCUUGGCUAAACUCGCUUGCAUAAAACCUAAACUCGCUUGCAUAAAACCUAAACUCGCUUAGCUUGACUCGCUUGCCUGUACUCGCUUGGCUAAUACCUGAAGUCGCUUGCCUGAAGUCGCAUGCCUAAAACCUAAACUUGCUUGUCCAAACACGUUACACAAAGUGUA